AUGGCUCAAACACUAGAAGCCAUCAAAGGUGGUGGUGGAUCCAUAAAAGUUGGAACCACCGGCACCAUCAAUGCGUUAAUGUCAAGGGAACUACAAUCAGUCAAAGUUCCAUCUCCAAAAACAACCUUGGAACAACCUAAUAAUGCUGCCAUGGAUUCAAAACCGAAACCAAAAGUACAAACAGAGGAAGCAACCGCCAGUUGCAGUGGUGGCACCACCACGAAUGAGAAAGAAACCGGUGGUGGUUCCCGGAAACCGAAGCAUCACCAUGCCAGAACGGCUAGCCGGAAUCCUUUUCUCCGGUCUGACAGUGGGGAUGGAAAUGGAACUUCGGGUAGAAAGAAGAAUGACAAAAAGGCAUCUUGCAUUGUUGAAAUUGUGGAUGUAAAAUGUGGAGUGCCCGAUAAGUCGUGGGCAAAUCCGAUUACAAAUAAGUUCAAGAAACUUAGUUUCUCAAAGCUUUCGGUGUAA